AUCCCAGAUGGCGAGAAGAUUGAGGAAACUAACAGACCCCAUCAGCGCCUCCGCCUACAGCGACGGGAUGCCCAGCGAGCAUACAGAGAACGACAAAUGUUUCCACUAGCUCCGUCUGCCUCGAAGCUACCGAUGCUGCCAUCCCUUCGAGAACCUUCGGAGCCGAUGGGCCAGCAUCUGAUGUCUGGCCCUAUUCAAUACCACAAUCCAUUCCAUGGAGACACCAACAUUGCUCCAAAGAUCAGACCGCCACCAUGGACAGUAAAUGAGAAGACCAUAGUACUUCACGCUAUUGUAGAAGGGUGGGCCACCUGGGAAAAUGUCGAAAGGUUUCUACCAGGGAGAACUAAGGCCGGUUACGACAAAGUGUUCGCUUGGUUGGAACAGGUGUUGAAAAGGCAAGGCCAAGACGUCAUCGAAAUAUGGGACAAACAUCGUGAAGCAUUUUGGGCAGAAGCACGAGCCAUGAACCUCGAUGCAGCAACGGCACAGGCAAUCGGGGAAGUAUGCGGUUCUCGGAGUCCAGACGAAGCUGAACGAGCCAGACGGGACAGAGAAGAAACAAGAGCCAGAAAACCCGGGCAAAUGGAAUGCAAAUAUUGCAGAACCCAGGUUUCCUCCAGGUGGCAUUCUAAAAGCAGCACACCCACAUGUAACGCCUGCCAACAGAGGUUCGCCAAGUUGAAGCUCGAGGAGGAGCUCGCCAGAGAGAUCUCGGAGGGUCAGGAACAGGCGCAGUCGAGUCAAAUCACGAACCCGACCACAUCCUUUCAACAACCAUAUGAGUGGGGAACUGCGGUC